AUGAGGUGUGUAGCACUUUUUCUAGGAUGAGUGCAAACUUAAUUGUCCGGCCUCAUAUCUGUUGAGUAAAUUUCCAUUUGUGGGAUUGCUGGGUGAAGGGCGAAGCAUUUCUAACUUUGUUAGAUCCUGCCAUACUGCCCUUCAUGAGAUUGUACCCUUUAUACAUCCAGUGAAGUGCCUGUUCCUCUCAGCCUCUCCAGCAGAUUAUAUUACUAAAUUUUUGAAUUUUUGUUACAUUAGCGGGUAAAAACAUGAUAUCAGAAUAACUUUAAUUCACACAUCUUUUAUACUGAGUGAGUCUGAGCAUCUUUUUCUAUGUCCAGGGACCAUUGGACAUUUUGUUUUACGUGGAAUGCCUAUUCAUAUCUUUUGCUUAUUUUUCUGUUGGGUUUCUUGUUCUUGCUGGUUUCUAGGAGCUGGCUAGCUCAUGACAUGUCAGUGCCAAGCCUUCUUUAUAACAGCAUCUACACCCUCAGAUUUUCGGCAGAAGGUUAUUAAGCCUUCUUCCCUCCUUUUCUUCGGUGAGUAUGUUGGUUUGCUGUCGUGCUUACAACCUCUCUCGGUUUCCCCUCAAGAUUGGAGGGCUGAGGCAGGUGCACACGGGUGACGAUCGGGUGGGCACCACGCCUGGGGCCGUCAGGAGGCUGGGGAAAACGUGCCCAGGUCCAGGUCAGGAAGAGCACCACACCAGCUCUGAUGGUGGCGCUCGGGCCCCAGGCGGCGGGGCCUCCACCCAGCCAAACGGCAGGCCCAGGAAGGUCACCUACACUUAACGGGGGGAGGCACUGGGUCCAGGCCCACAGCAUGGGCAACCCCCUCCCAUCUUGCGGAGAAGCACAAGGGCGACAUAAAGUUGGUCGGUCGUCCCGAGCCCAGGAACAGGGUUUCCCUCGGCUCCCCAGAUCCUCCGAAUCCCACCUUCAUCACCCUGGGCACCAGGGCCAGACUGCUUGAGAGGCUGUCCACCGGCGGCGGGAGGAUGCGAGCAGAACCGACGUCUCACGGCGGAGCCACAGCGCUCUGGGGCUCCAGCUCUGCAGAAGCUGCCCCUGCCCUCCCCCGAGCCCUCUGGGGCGGGAGUGGAAGCCGGAUCCCGCUCUUUCGUUUUCGUUUCCCGGAAGGAUAGUGAUUACCGGAGCGCCCUGUGCGCCUGCUCGCCCGGGAACCUGAGCGCACACUACACGGCACUUAAGCGAUUUCCUCCCACGAGACCUUCCAGUUCUCCGGGCCAAGUUAGGGAUUUGGGAAAGGAGGGUCUGAGAGCGCCGGCUUAGGGCCCAGCAGCGGCAGGCUUUGGAGCGCUCAUGACGACAGCCCAGUGGCUCCCUCACCUCCACCUGUAAUGCAGGAGGGAGCAUUGGUGGGUUUUCCUGGGAGCACCGCGGCAGCCACCCCACCCCCAGGCACCCAGGCCCAAGCCAGAUGUGAAGCUCCAGUGGAUCUCCUGGGUGAGGGGGAAAUCUGCAAGUUGCCAGGAAGACUCCGCAUCCAGCCCGCGCUCUGGAGCAGGGAGGACGUGCUGCACUGGCUGCGCUGGGCGGAGCAGGAGUACUCUCUGCAGCGCACGCGGGAGCACGACUUCGAGAUGAAUGGCCGCGCCCUCUGCAUCCUCACCAAGGACGACUUCCGGCUCCGCGCGCCAGGUUCAGGUGAUGUCCUGUAUGAGCUACUCCAGUACAUCAAGACCCAGCGACAAGCCCUGGUAUGUGGGCCCUUUUUCGGAAGGGCCUUUAGGCAGAAGAUGCCCACUCAGCACUGCGCCUGCCCCUUGGAAGAGGGGACCAGGCCCUCUCAGGUGGCCCUCCAAAGGGGCCUCCUGCAGCAGCCACCAGACCCAGGGCUUGCCAGCUCCUUGAGCCACCUGGAUACUCCCGACCUGACCAGGUGGCGCCUCGGCAGGGAGGAGUCCCUCAGCUUAUCUCACUGUGUGGAGCUCGGCUGCAGGGCCAAGGGAGCCUGCCCCUGCCCCGCCGUGCCGCAGGCCCCCAUCGACGGCAGGAUCGCAGGUGAGCCGGAGGCUGUGUUCCCCUGUCCUGGAGGGAGGUGCGCUGGGGCCGAGUCCCAGAGGGGUCACGGGUGACAAGGA